AUGACUUCGAUUACACAGGAAUAUUCUUUAAAUACAUUCUAAUCAUCUAAUUUCCAUAAGGUGAUAAUCACUGUAUUUUAUAAUAAUGAUGACUAUAAAGCAAGAUUAGACAAAUUAUUACAAUAAAUACCUCUUGAUGUUGAAAAGUAUGCUUUAUCCUAUUGUAAUGACGAAUAAAUAGCAAGAAGCCAUAAUAUUCAUUAAUUGCCUUCUGUUUUGAUUUCAUCAUAUCCAUAAUUAAUAAAUAGCUAAAUAUUGAGUCUGGAACCUGCCUAAAUUGUAGUUUAAUUAGAGAGCAUAUUUGAACAAUUUGAAGUUGAGUUUAGAAAUCAAUAAAAGCACUAUUUCUAAAAGAUUGAAUAAAUGAUUAAAGAAAAUCCUAUUAUGUUAUUUAUUGUAGGCACACCAGAAAAACCAAUGUGUAGAUUUACCUCAAAGUUAAUUUAAAAAUUGCAACCUUUUGGUAUUCAAUUUGGAUUUUAUGAUAUCGAAAUUGACAAACUUAUGGUUGGUUAUUUGAAGCUUUACUCAAAAUGGUAAACUUUUCCCUAAGUGUUUGUGAGUGGAAAAUUAAUUGGAGGAGCUGAUGCAACUGUAGAAUUAAUUGAGCAAAAAAGAUUCGCAGAACUAAUACCUAAGGAAGCCUAUAUGACGAAGAAUUCAAAGUUAGAACAGAUAUAAUUAAUUUCAAAAUAUAUUAUACUAAUAGAUGGACAACCGGAUUUAAAUUGUGAAAUAGCAAGAAUUCUGUCAGAAAAGAAAAUUCCAUUUCAGUUUUACAACAUUGGAAUGGAUUAAGAGGUGAGAUCAGAAGUCUUAAAUUUCAUGUCUAGUUAUAUUGAAACAUCUCAUGAUUUGGAGCCUCUACUAUUAUAUAAAAAUACAAUUUAUAAUGAAAUAACUUUAAAAAAAGAAUUGAGUAUUUUAUAAUGA